CAGCAAAAUCGAUCGGUGGUUCCCAACGCUAUUUGAGCUGAAUCCAUCCAGCAAGAUCUCGGCAUCUGUUGGUCAUGCCUAUAUAUUGUUUACCCGCGAAACGUACGCGUUUUCCCCGCGCCUGAUGCAUCACACACCGCAAGUGUAAAACCUCGAAUCUGCUGAUUUGUUGCCUGAGCCUCCAGUGAUGGGAAUUCACGGUUUAGCUAAGCUUAUAGCCGACCAGGCUCCCGGGGCCAUAAAAGAACAAGACAUCAAGAGCUACUUCGGGAGAAAGAUUGCUAUAGAUGCCUCUAUGUGCAUCUACCAGUUUUUGAUCGCAGUGCGCCAGGAUGGCAACCUCCUUCAGAAUGAAGAUGGAGAGACGACAAGCCACCUCAUGGGAAUGUUCUACCGGACCAUCCGCAUGCUGGAGUAUGGCAUCAAACCCGUCUAUGUGUUUGACGGCAAGCCCCCACAGCUCAAGUCCGGCGAGCUGGAGAAGAGAGGCGAGAGGAGGGCAGAGGCUGAGAAGCUGCUGGCAAAAGCUCAGGAAGCAGGCGAGCAGGAAAACAUCGACAAAUUCAGCAAACGACUGGUCAAGGUCACCAAACAGCACAACGAUGAAUGCAAAAAACUUCUGACCCUCAUGGGUGUGCCCUACAUCGAGGCGCCUUGCGAGGCUGAGGCCAGCUGCGCCGCUCUUGUUAAGGGGGGAAAGGUCUUCGCCACGGCAACGGAGGACAUGGACGGGCUCACAUUCGGGACCAACGUCCUCCUCAGGCACCUGACGGCCAGUGAAGCCAAGAAACUUCCGAUCCAAGAGUUCAGCUUUAAUCGCUUGCUGCAGGAUAUCGGCCUGACCAAUGAACAGUUUGUGGACCUUUGCAUCCUGCUGGGCUGCGACUACUGCGGCACCAUCAAGGGGAUCGGCCCCAAGCGCGCCAUCGACCUCAUCAAGCAGCACGGCUCCAUCGAGGAGAUCCUGGAUAACCUGGACCCCAAGAAGCACCCUCCCCCCGAGGACUGGCUGUUCAAGGAGGCCCGCCGCCUCUUCCUGGCCCCCGACGUGGUGGACUGCGCCACGGUGGACCUCAAGUGGAACGAGCCCUCUGAGGACGACCUCAUCCAGUUCAUGUGCACAGAGAAGCAGUUCAGUGAGGACAGAAUCCGUAACGGCUGUAAGAAGAUGUCGAAGAGCAGACAGGGCAGCACCCAAGGAAGAUUGGAUUCCUUCUUCAGUGUGACUGGAUCGCUGUCCUCUAAGCGCAAGGUGCCUGAUGCCAAAGGAUCAGCAAAGAAGAAGCAGAAGACCGGGGCCACACCAGGCAAAUUUAAGAAGGGAAAAUAGACCGCCUGGUUGUCUUAAAUGAGUUGACAGAGUCCUGGACACUGUUUAUUUGUCUUGGUGAAUAAAGAGUUUUGUUUUAUUUUGUCAA